AGUCAAAGUCGAUCAAAUAGCACAUUUUCGUACAAGACCUGAACUCCCCGCCAAGCUCAAUCUGAUGAAAAAGCUCGUUUGUACGAAUUGGGGCGCCGGAGUAGAAGCCCCCAGAGCUCUAUUCCCGAGUAGUGAAAGGUCGGUACAGGACUACAGCAUGCCUGUUCAAUUCUUUGCAGGCAAGACUUCAAUGGAAAAAAAUUGAGACGCAUGUAGACUCGGGCGCUGAGAGUAAAAUGUAAUGCAUUUAAGAGCACACUGACCCCUAUAUCAGUAAUUCCAGAAUAGAUGGACCAUUCCGUCCCAAUAUACGUGCAAUAAUAUUAAUUCUUCACUGAACUACACCCACCAUUCUCUCCACAGGUACAAUACUUUGUACCGGUGUGCUGAGUUCAACGACAACACUGCUGGUGCCCAUAGAUUGUGCUGCGUACUACAGUGAGGUAUUCGAUGUCCAGUAAGUAUGUCGAAAGGAUGUGGAUUAGGUCGCAGGGAGUGGGCAGUUACAGGUUUGCCCUUCUGAAAAUUAGACAUUGAAAAUAGAGCACUAUCUUACAUAGUUAUGAUCUGUUUAGAUAUAGGGGUCUGUGACAAAAUAAUCUUAACACAAUCAUAGGUGUGUUUGGGGGGGUGGGGGGGUGGGGGGGACAGACCGCACCGAAUGGCACUUUUUUUUUUCAAUGUUGUAAGCCACGAACAAAAAAAUUCGGGUGAGUGGCGUUCUUGGCCCACCGUUGGGGGGGGGGGGGGGGAGAGGGGCAGUAACCCUAGCUACGAGGACAGACCGCACCGAAUGGCACUUUUUUUUUUCAAUGUUGUAAGCCACGAACAAAAAAAUUCGGGUGAGUGGCGUUCUUGGCCCACCGUUGGGGGGGGGAGGGGGAGAGGGUCAGUAACCCUAGCUACGCAACGAGAGAUUGAUUUGGCUUGCACAGUGAUGGGAAAGUAACCAACCUUAAUCAUUUUAACAUUUUUCUCCUCAGGGAUCUUGCUCAAGUAAUUAACAUCGGUGGCGGACUACAGGAGAUUGUAAUCACAAAGGAAAGCUACACUUGUAAGUGCUUGGCAUAGUUAUAGACAAUGUCCAUCUUUGUGCUGUGUGGUGGCAGUCGUACACAUGUUAUGUUUUAUAAUACGUAUGCAAAAAAAUGAGAUUUUAAAAACAAAUUAGAGUUAUCAAGCCGCCAUGGAAUAUUUCUAUGUUAAAACAUCCAAAACAAGAAAGAAAAAAAAAACAACAUAUUAUUUAAUUGUGAUAGUUAACUGAGUUCUAUCGAUACAAAUUUAAAAAAGAAAAAUAAUGACGUAUUAAAGGUCAAAAAAAAAAAGAAGACAAUACUUAAUUAGUCUGGCACCGGGCCAUGGUACAGUGUGAAGCGCGUGUAACGGUCCGCUGAACUUGAAAGUUUGGCAAGCACUGAUUAAGACCAUUCUUUUCACACACAAUUAUAAAUGCGGGCAGUGCUACUUAGGGGAGAGAGACUGUCACCUUGUUGACUAUCUGUAAUGUUGCCAUAUCUAGCUGGGACCUCAACGGGACACUCUGAGAUGGGGGUGUAGAAAUGAAGUAAAAAAUAUUAACUAAUAUAAUUAAAUAUAAGGCCCAUAACGGUGACAGUCCCGUUAUCUCGGGACGGAUGUCAACCCUAUGUAUAGUAUUUCUUUUAAACAGUGUACCUGUCCCAUUUACAAACUUUUCAAUAGUGGUAACCAUGAUGGCGUAUAUUAAUAGUAAACCGAAUGUGUGUAAAUAAUGGAUUGAAAUAUUUUGGACGUUGACUCUACGGACAUGACGUCACAAAGUGAAUCCAUAUCAUCGCAUGGCUUUACUCUAUUCCUGUUUUUAUUCACUACAUCUAUCCUUCUUUUUUUCCUUCCUUAUGUAAGAGACUUGUGUCCGCCAUUUUUCUAUCUUUUCCCCCUUUCUUUUUACCGGUAGUUUUAAAUUGAAAAAAAAAAAAAUAAUAAAAUCUAAUCAUUUGGGGGAUAACUUUAUGAAAUCUUAAAGAGGUAUCAAAAUACAACUUAUUGAAUUCAAAAUCCUUCAUUCAUUAUCUUUUCUACUUUUGCAGUCGCAGACCUUCAUUUAUUAUCUUACAUUCACAAAUAGUUGGUAUCUUUCAAUUGACAAGCUUAAAAUAUUUCUUUCUAUGUCUUCUAGAAGUUCAUUGAAUACAUUCCUCUGUGAAAACGGCCCUCGUUUGCUUGGUACAUUUUCAGACACAGAGCUAGGAAACGGCAUGGCAGAAAUCCCGCUCCCGGAGCCUGUGAAUAUUGCAGACUGCCCAGAGCACGCGUGCGUGUACGAGGCUUCCACCAUGGAUGGACGGGUCAAUUUUGCUGACUGUUUCGGGGUCGGGUAUGGGACACAGAGUGCCAGUGACUGUAAGCUUUCAAACUUUUCCAAACAAGUUCGAUGAAUGUUAAAAUAGACUUGAACACACCUGAAUCAAACAUGUUUCAUGAUCAAUGUUUUAGAUUAGUGUACGAUAACAUCAUUUACUACCUUGUACACGGGGUGUGGAUGGGGCGGGGGGGGGGGAGGUCACUUACAGGAGGCAUGUUUGUCCAACUCACAUCCUUAAUACAGAUUAUUUGGUAUGUGUAUUCUGUAUGUGUUUUAGCUUUCGUUAAAUGGAGGCAGGGAAAUCAAGAACCGCACCGGAGCUCCACAAACUCUGCCUACUCCACUGUAGCUAAAAAUCGUAGCAAAAACACAGUUAUAAGUGUUAGAGCCAUGUCCAACCUAGCCAAACCACGCAUUCAAGUCUUAGAGCCAUGUCCAACCUAGCCAAACCACGCAUUCAAGUCUUAGAGCCAUGUCCAACCUAGCCAAACCACGCAUUCAAGUCUUAGAGCCAUGUCAAACCUAGCCAAACCACGCAUUCAAGUCUUAGAGCCAUGUCAAACCUAGCCAAACCACGCAUUCAAGUCUUAGAGCCAUGUCCAACCUAACCCAACCACACAUUCAAGUCUUAGAGAGCCAUAUCCAACCUAGCCAAACCACACAUUCAAGUCUUAGAGCCAUGUCCAACCUAGCCAAACCACACAUUCAAGUCUUAGAGCCAAAUCGAACCUAGCCAAACCACGCAUUCAAGUCUUAGAGCCAUGUCCAACGUGUCAUUAGCCUUAAAGGUGUGUCAGCACUGUCUACAUCAGUGAUUAUUGUUUGUCCUACAGAUAAUUACUACGGAGCUGUCAACAGAAUGACUAUCACGACGUCCAACUGCUGUGAUGUGUUGACUGAUGCGGUCAGCAAAGCGAACGGGACCUACCCGGAAACCAUGGUUCAUUCGACAUCACAAGUCGUCUGCAUGGGAUCAGACGACUCGUCGUGUGGAGUAAGUGACAUACCAUGACUUAGACAUGACUUUACACAACUAGACCUUGCGUGACAGGGUUACAUGACCAAACAGGACUUAACGUGAGUUCACAUGUCUAGACAUCACGUAGCUCGAACAGGCGUGACAGAACAUGUCCAAUCAUGAUGUAACACGACCGGACAUGACGUAACAUGACUCAACAUUACUAUAUGGGACGUAACACUGUAAGUCAUGACGUUCCGUGACAAGACUUGACGCUUAACUGGCAACAGUUCUUAGUUCUAAGCAUUUCUGAACAUCCUUUUUGGAUCUUUGUGUCAACAUAAAAACCAAUAGUUUUUUCCACAUUUUUUAAUUCUUAGAUUUAGUUUAGUUAUUCACCUCGUUUUUUAAAUAGACAAUUUGAUUAUAAAUUAAAAUGUAUUUCAAAUAUUCUUUUGCCACAGGGAGACUUCGGCACGCCAAUAUACUGUAAAUCAUUCGACACCAACGAGUAUGUUCUGGUGGCUGCACUGACAUCAGCGCCAUGCACUUCCGGUGAUCCAAUCCUAGCCAACGAUUUGACUGGUGGAGCCUUUGGAGCUUAUCUCAAUCAAUAAAAUUGAUGAAAAAAUUAAUUUCCAUUGAUUUUUAAAAAAAAUAUUUUUAAAAAGUUAUAUAAGAACGAUCGGAUAUAUACAAACUAGGGUCAGGUAGCAUAUCGGAC